CUCUUUUCUCCCACCUUCCCGAAUUUCCCUCCACCAUAUUUUCCUCUCCCAUCCAUCUCUUCUUCUUUCUUUCUUCCUUUCUUUUGUUUUGUUUAAUUCUGUUCUCAAUUUGUAUCCCAAAAUCCACACCACUACCCUGGUUAUGGUUUUCAUUUCCCCAUUUGAUUGAAUAAAAAAAUUCAUUCUCUAUCUCGCUCUUAUUAAUCUUUCCCUUGAUUUCUUCUUGAUGAAGGGAUGUAUUCUUGAUGUGGAAGUAUUGUUAGUGACUGUGGUGGAAGUGGUGUUGGCUCACAAUCCUAUUGUGUGUGAUAAGGAGGAGGGUCCUCAGGCGAAGAUCUGAGGCUUUAGUUUUUUUCAUUAGUAUUUUAUUCUGGGUUCCAAUUUGUAUUCAUCAUUAAACUGAAGGGAAGGAAAGAGAUUCAAAAGUCGAAGGGAGAAAAAGAGGGAAUAAUAAGUAGAGAUGAGCGCUUCAAGGUUCAUCAAGUGUGUCACUGUUGGCGAUGGUGCUGUUGGGAAAACAUGUCUGUUGAUUUCUUAUACCAGCAACACUUUUCCCACGGAUUACGUGCCUACUGUAUUUGACAAUUUCAGUGCAAAUGUGGUUGUCAAUGGUGCAACUGUCAACUUGGGUUUGUGGGAUACUGCUGGGCAAGAGGAUUAUAAUAGGUUAAGACCUUUAAGCUAUCGUGGAGCAGAUGUUUUCAUCCUGGCUUUCUCUCUCAUUAGCAAGGCUAGUUAUGAAAAUGUUUCCAAAAAGUGGAUUCCAGAGUUGAAACAUUAUGCACCUGGCGUCCCCAUUGUUCUAGUGGGAACAAAGCUUGGCAUAUUUCAUUUUGUUAACAUGAUUUUCAUUAAAGCAGAUCUCCGAGAUGACAAGCAGUUCUUCAUUGAUCACCCUGGUGCUGUCCCGAUUUCUACAGCUCAGGGUGAGGAACUGAGGAAGCUGAUUGGUGCGCCUGCUUAUAUUGAGUGCAGCUCCAAAACACAAGAGAAUGUGAAGGCAGUUUUUGACGCGGCAAUUAGGGUUGUGCUUCAACCACCAAAGCAGAAGAAAAAAAAGAGCAAAGCGCAGAAAGCUUGUUCCAUAUUGUGAUUGGAAAUAAGUAAUUGAUAAUUUGGAGCUAUUGAGGGAGGUCUCCAUGAAGCAUAGGUGGUUUUGCUAUCAUAUUUUCAUCAUCAUCGUCAUCAUUUUCUCAAGAUUUUCUUGCUUAGAUGGGUCUCUAAUUGUUCAGAUAUUACCUGGCAGUAAUAUCAAGUGAUUUUCAUCUUUCGGUCUCUCUUUUUCAUCUCUAAUUUUUGGGCUACAUUUUUUUUUUUUAGCUACUCAAGUUUCCUUAUGUGACCUUGUUCUAUUUUUUUCUCUUUUCUUUUUAUUACAUUGAUAGAACAUUAAAGAUUUUCAUUGUAUUAGGGAUUCAGACAAGAAUUUUUUUUCUUUUGCAAAAUGAAUUACUUCUUAUCCAAUGUAUCUCC